AUGAGGUUUCUGAUCUCACUGUUUGUGUUGCUGCUGCUGGUUAAUGGUGAGUGUUUUGCAUAACUUACAAAUUCCAGCUCUGAUCCAUGCUAUAAUUAUAACACUCUCGAUGACUAUUGGAGAGACAUACGGCAAUAUCAGGACACUGGAUAUGAUGACACCCGUGUUGAAUGGAGUGGCUGGUAUCGGCUGUAUUUGAAUGGAGAAAGUACCCAGAUGUCUGAGUGGUGUGUGAGUUAUGUGAGAUGUGGUGGUGAAACUGGACUGUAUCUCAACGGCUCUCACCCAACUCUUGAGGAUGGAGUGGUGACCCGUGAAGUUGUGGGAAUGAAUGGGUUCCAGUGUGGCUUCAACACAUCCACAUCCAUCCAAGUCAAAGCCUGUCCAGGAGACUAUUACGUCUAUAAACUUGUCAAGCCAGAUCUGUCGAUCCACAGACCAACAUACUGUGCAGUGUCUUUCCAAAGCAUCAGCAGUAAUCCCUGCUACAACUAUCAGUAUCUGGACCGUCCCUGGAGAGCCACCAAUGAAAGUGGAGAGAAGAUUUGUGAUGAAUCUUUCUCCUGGAAUGGCUGGUACCGGCUUUUCUACUAUGGAAUGAACAUCCAGAUGUCAGAGACCUGUAUUAGUUCAUUCAGCUGUAACGCAUACUAUAAUCUGUGGCUCAAUGGUCCUCAUCCUCAGAUAGAGGAUGGAGUGGUGACUAGAGAGGUCUGUGUAGGGUCUUAUUGGGGCAGCUGCUGUGAAUACAAGUCAAAACCCAUCAGAGUGAAAGCGUGUCCAGGCAAUUACUAUGUCUAUGAACUUGUGAAUCCACAAUUCUGGUGUUCAGGAUACUGCACAGACGUCAACAACAUUUCACAGGUGGUUUCCAAUGUAAGUUCAGAUAAUAUCACUGGAUCCAGCAUCACCUUAAAUUAUGACCCGUGCAAUAACUACAACACAGUCAACAACCACUGGAGAAGCACAUUCAAUUACUGGUAUUUGCAUGGCUAUAUAAAUGGACUUGAUGACACUCGUGUAGAAUGGGAUGGCUGGUAUCGACUCUUCAUUAAUGGAUCAAGUGCUCAGAUGCCUGAGUGGUGUAUAUCCUUCAUGUCAUGUGGAGGUUUUAGUUCUCUGUGGCUUGGUGGUUCUCAUCCUCGUCUAGAAGAUGGAGUUGUUACUCGUGAAAUUUACGGCUCUCGACAUGAUCAGUGCAGUUACUACAGAUCUGAACCAAUCCAAGUCAAAGCUUGCCCUGGAAAUUAUUAUGUCUACAAAUUUACCAGACCAACAGUCUCAAUACCAGCUCCAGUAUAUUGUGCAGUAUUAUUCACCACCCCAAGCGUUGAUCCCUGCUACAACUACACCAGUCUGGAUGAGCCUUGGAGAGCCACAAAUAACCCUUACGAUAGUAACUAUUACUCCUAUGGCAUGUGUGAUUUAAAAAACGUACUUACAGGCUACCCCUGUGCUGAACUCAACUGCACAGAGGAUGAAUGGUGUGGAGAGAAAAACAGCGUCUAUGGCUGUUUGUGUAGCAAGAACCAGACCAGACCAGAUUCUUUAGAUUUCUCAGAAACCUGUGAAAGCAGCUCUGGCUCCAUGUCUGUGUCUCGCUGUCAGCUCUUUGAGGCUGGUUUUCCAGCUGACAUCUUACACCUCAAUGAUCCCAGCUGCAAAGGAACGGUCCGGAAUGGCAGAGUGGAAUUCCAUUUUGAUAACGAUGAACACAUCUGUGGUACAAAUCUUGUGGCCAACAGCACCCACUUUGUCUACAGUAACUUUAUUCUGGGGACACCGAGGUCAGAAGGUCUCAUCAGCAGAGAGAAAAUCCUUAAGCUUUCUUUCAGCUGUGUUUAUCCUCAAACACAAACACUUUCCAUGAAUGUGGAAAUCAACCCACUGGGGAGCAUUGUGCACAAGACGCUCCCCGCUGGUGAAGGCAGAUAUCAUGUUCGGAUGAUUCCAUAUGAGGAUGAUGAGUUUACCCGGCCCUUCACUGGUAAAGUGGAUGCAGAGCUCAACCAGAAGAUGAAUGUGGAAGUUCGUGUUGAGGGGGUUGACAGCCGCCAGUUUGCCUCAGUUAUGGAGACGUGUUGGGCUACACCUGUGAAUGAUCCUGAUUACAGUCUCCGCUGGGAUCUCAUCGUUACAGAGUGUCCCAAUCCAAAUGACCACACAGUGGAGCUGCUGCAGAACGGCAUCUCGACAUCCAGCCGUUUCUCCUUCAGGAUGUUCAUCUUCACUGCAAACUCCACUAAGCUUUACCUGCACUGUGCUGUUCACCUUUGUCUUCUGUCGAGCAAUCGCUGCUCAAUGGACUGUAACUCUGGACACCAGCGGAGAGAGGGCAGGUCUCUGGACUUCCAUGACAGUGCUUCCAUAUCCAUGGGUCCUCUGAUGUUGUCUAAAGGCAAUACAGAAUCUCCUCUGUACCUCACCUAG